AUGGACUCGGAAACGCAUGACCCUGAAGGCCAGUCUGUCAAACAGGCAAAUGAGAAAGUCAGCGAAGAACCCACGACACAGGAUUCCGAAUAUGAUGUCUUCUGGGAGAAGCCAGCCAAUGAAGAUCCCGAGAAUCCGAUGAACUGGAGUGGUGGACGAAAAUGGACCAUCAUCGGGAUGGUUUCGUUCGUCACGUUCUUGACUCCCCUCGCCUCUUCGAUGUUUGCACCAGGUAUCCGACAGGUCCUCGAAGAUUUCGGCUCCACAUCUAAGGUCCUUUCGACGUUUGUCGUCUCGGUGUACGUCCUAGGGUUCGCCUUCGGUCCUCUUGUUGUCGCGCCAGUUAGCGAGUAUAGUGGCCGCGCAUGGGUCUACAAUGUUUGCAAUGUGUUGUUCGUAAUAUUCAACAUCGCAAGUGCGCUAGCUCCCAAUAUGGCGUCGUUGAUUGUCUUCCGGUUCCUAGAUGGGUUCGCAGGCGUCGCUGCCAUCACAUGCGGUAGUGGUACAAUUGCGGAUCUUGUGCCGAGUGAGAAACGAGGCCAAGCCAUGGCCAUCUGGUCCCUGGGGCCUCUGUUCGGUCCAAUUAUUGGCCCUGUCACUGGUGGAUUCCUUGUGGAAGCUACAGAUUGGCGAUGGGUGUUUUGGGUUCUGGCCAUUGCGAGCGGAGUCGUAACCGUCGUGUUCUUUUUUGCCGUACCUGAGACAUAUGCUCCGGUUCUCCUCGAACGAAAGGCUGCCCGGCUACGAAAGUCAACAGGAAAUACGGCGUACAAAUCUCGUCUGGAUUCUGGAAUCCCACCAAAGCAGCUUUUCAUUCGCAGUCUCAUUCGACCGUCCAAAAUGCUUAUCCUAUCGCCGAUAGUGGCUCUGAUGUCCACUUAUAUCGCUGUUCUUUACGGCUUCCUCUACAUUCUCUUCACCACUUUCACGAUCGUCUUUGAGGGCCAGUAUAACUUCAAUGCCAGCGCAAGCGGUCUAUCAUUCUUGGGAAGCGGUGUAGGCAUGUUGAUUGGACUUGCCUACGUGGGGACAUUGAGUGACCGCAAGAUCCGGCUCAAGCUCGAACGCAAGGAGACUCCUGUCCCCGAGGACCGCCUUCCCAUGUAUCUUACCAUACCUGGGUCCUUGGCUAUCCCAGCGGGUCUUUUCGUCUAUGGAUGGUCUACGGACAAAGUAGUCCAUUGGAUUGUGCCUGAGAUUGGAAAUGCAGUGAUCGGUUUUGGCAUGAUUAUCAUAUUGAUGUGUGUUCAAACAUAUCUGGUAGACGCUUUCCUUGCGCAUGCAGCGAGUGCCGUGGCUGCAUGCACAGUUCUGCGAAGCUUGCUUGGUGCCCUUCUUCCUCUGUGCGGAUUGCAGAUGUACGAAAAAAUGGGUCUUGGGUGGGGCAACAGUUUACUGGCGUUCCUUGCUUUAGCAAUGGCUCCUAUACCCAUCCUGUUCCAAAUCUGGGGAGAGAAGCUGCGGACGAAGUGGGCGAUUGACCUCUAG